AUGUAUGUAGAAUCACGUGUGAAGGAUGAAAAGGUUGAGUGGAAUUUGUUACAGUGUGUAAAAUCUAAUGUUUUAAAAGUUUCAAAGAUCAUUUUUGAAAUGAUGAAAGUUAUUUUUGUAUUUUUAAUAAUAGUAAUCUCAUUAAUUGGAGGUGUUUUCCCAAAUCAAGAACAGGCAGAACAAGUUGAAGAUACAGAUGGAUGGUUUUCACCAAGUACCCCUGCUCCAGUUGAUUAUUCAUUGUCAUGUCCUGUAUUAAAAAAAUCAACAUACUAUCCAAAUGAUAUUUAUUCGGUUAGACCAGUUGAUAUUAAAGUUGUCUUGGCUGUUGGUGAUUCCCUUUCGGCAGCAUUUGGAUUAACAUAUCAUGGUUUUGGAAGUUAUGUUGGUGAGUCUAGAGGAAAGUCAUGGUCCAUUGGAGGUGAUCCAAAGACUCCUUCAAUUCCAAAUUUUUUGGCUGCCAUUGGAGCUAAUACAACAGGACAAUCAUUUGGAAGAUCACUUCCAUUACUACAUUUCUUCCCAACAUCAAUGAGAGAGAUUGCAAGAAGUCCCGAUACUUGCCACAAAUUAAAUGGCGCAAUGUCGACGGCAAUCCUGAAUGAUGUCCCAGAACAAAUAGAAUAUCUAGCAGAUUACAUUGAUGAAAUCAAACCAACUGUUGAUAUAAUCAGAGAUUGGAAAUUAUUAAAUUAUUAUAUUGGAAACAAUGAUAUUUGUGAUUCAUGUGAAGGUAAAAAUACAUCAACUGUAGCAUUUUAUAAAGAUAAUUAUUAUAAUUCUUUAUUAUCAAUGAGAAAGUCAUUCCCAAGAAUGAUUGUAAAUGUAAUUUUAAUUCCUAAUCAUAUUUCCGAGAUUGCAAAUAUGGGUAAAGGUGAAAUGUGUAGUGUCAUGCGUGACAAGAUCAUGAGAUCUUGUACUUGUGCACUUUCAGAUGAUGGUAAAAAAGUAAUGGAUCAAAGAUCAAAGGAUUUAAAUCAGGUAAUACUUAAAGCUGUAAAUGAUAUAAAUGAAGAUAGUAAAACAAAAAAUAUUCAAUUUAGAGCAGUCGUACAACCAUUCCUAACAGAGACACAUGUAAAGAGAAACUUUGUAUCUGAAUUUGAUUGUUUCCAUUUUAAUGAGUAUGGAGGUCGAUUGGCUGCCGUCGGUCUAUGGAACAACAUGAUGCAGACAACAAAAUCAGAUUCUAUCAAUGAAUUUGAUAAACCUAUAUGUCCAUCAGAAUCAACUUAUUUAGUAUCUGUUUAA